AUGGAGGGCUUCGACACGAUGGCGGUGCCGCCAUAUUUGGCAAGCCCGCUGUCAUUAGGGAACUUGCAAGGUGCCGACUAUCUCAACGCGAUGUCCAGUCUGGAUAUGCCCGACCAUCGGUCUAACUUUGACACCGAGACGUUUGUGAGCGAUGACCUCGCGUUCGCCCCGCCCAGUCUGUCACAUCAACUCAGGCCCUUUCCGUCCGUGUAUGAUGACCCGUUCACCGAGAUGGUGGCGCCCUUUGAGCCCGCACCCCAGGAACAACCCCAGGAUUCGUCGAUCGAUCACAACAACAAGCUGCUGAGCUUCUCCAUGCCGGUCUAUCAUUAUACGCUGCUCGACUAUUCGGUGAGCCGCGUGCAACUAUCCGUGUCCGCCCAGUUGCACGGGAUGUUUUUUCUCGCCGAAUCACCCUACACGACCUCCCCUUCCGAAAACGCCCCGCCCCAGCAAGGCGCCGAAUUGACCUGUUACCGCCGCAACCUGUUCCAAAUCACCGGAUCGGUCACUCUGCCCCGCGGACUGCGCUAUAUCAUGACGGACCAAGGCCGGAUCCCCAUCCUCGCCCAGGAACUCACCGUGUCAGCCACCGAAUCCGUCGAAGGAAACUCGGUGAAGAUCAUCUCAGUGCCCUGGAAGACCCCCUCUGCAGCCGCCGCCAACUCGGGUCUUGGACCCGAGGAAAAUAACCCGAGUACGGGCGCCAAGAUUGAGAAGGAGCCGCCCGCGAUCCCCCUGGACAUCAUGGCGGGACAGGAUAUGGAUUCCGACUUUGCGACCUUCCCGAUUGCGUGGAAACGCUUGCAGUUCCGUGUCGCGACAGCCAACAACGGCCGUCGCAAGGAGCUUCAGCAGCACUUCGUCGUUCGGCUCAAGGUGAUUGCCACCUUGUCCACCGGCGCGAAGAUUCCUAUCUCAGAAGUACAGUCCGGUCCCGUCAUUGUCCGUGGCCGCAGCCCCCGGAACUUCCAGUCUCGCAAGGAUCUCCCCCUGAGCGGCAGUGCCGCCGCCUCCCGGAAGAAUGCCCAGGCCAACUCUGCAAGCACCUUGAACCGCACGCCAACCAGUGAAUCAGUUGCGCGUCGCACAAGCGUGACCCCAGCGAAAACGAAACCCACUGCGCAAAGCAGCUCCCCGGAAACCACCUCGGUGCCCCCGCCCAGUCUGAUGCAACAGACCCAAGCGACCCCAGACUGGACGCCCAUCCCCCAAUCUACAUCAAACGUCAUGUCCCAUGCCCAAUCCUUGUAUCCUCAUUCCAGCCCGGAGCAACUUUCCCAGGUUACAGAUUCACAACGGCGCGUCGGUUCCACGGCGUCCGCCGCCCCAAUCAACCUUUCCCUGCUGGACGAGGACGACGGCGGAGACCCUAAUCUCCAUUUCGACCAAAAAAUGGUAUCUCCCUUCGCCGCCGAGUUGUCGCAGCAGCAGCGCACCCUCAGCCUCGAUCAAUCCGCUCCUCCUUCAAAGAUGCGCAAGCUUUCCCACGCCGUUUCCCAGACUCCGUCACGGAGUGUCACCUCGUCUAUGCCGUUGCUGGAAACGGCCAAUCUGCCCCAGCCAUAUGUCUCAGGACUUCCAUAUGCCAAUGAGAGCACAGAUCUCCUCUACGAGUACUUCCCUCUGGGCUUGGAUGACUGGCAAGCCCCCGUUGACGCGGUCUAUCGCCCCCAUGUGGUGCAUCACACCAAUAUGCCCGAGAUGAAGUUCGUGGCCUCAAGAGGCCGUAGCAAGCGGUACUUUGCCGCCGAAGACGUCUUUUAA